UUUGCAAACAAGUUGUUGCUGUUCUGUUAAUACAAAUCUCAAAUCAAAUGUGAAAUGGAUAAAUCACCGCGUAUUGUUUAUGUGUGCAGCUUAUGCCUACGGCAGUAUGAUCUCCAGGAGGAUCUCCGUGGACACAUGGUGUAUUUCCAUGGCUACGAGCCCAUUGCAGUGCCCGCGGCCAAAAGCAAAAAAGCGAAGACUUCAAUUAAACAACAAACAGCAGCCGGAAAGACGAACCAGGAUAAACAAACCAUUGAGGAGCCACUGGAUGAACCAAAUCCAACGCCAAGUGAACUGCAGCCCAUGCCUUUUAAGGAUUUCCGACUGGUUUUGAGGUCCACUAUGCUGGAGCCGUGCUCCCUUGGCAAGGACUGCCCCUUCAAAUUCCAGGAUGCGGCGAAAAUGCAGCUCCACUCCAGUUGCCACAAAGGCGGCAGCUUCUCCUGCUGCGAGUGUGGACUGGAGCUGCCCAACUGGCGCCGGUGCUCGGCUCACCUAUGGAAAACUCAUCAGGUGGAUGUGGAUCUUCUGGAGUGUCCCGCCCUCAAUUGCAACUACAAGUCACCCAUAUCCGCUCUUGUUUGGAGACACAUGCGGGUUCACAAAAAGUGGCGGCCCAGGGUGCUGCGCUCGUUGGCUGCCGUCCAACGCAGGAGGAAACUCAAGGAGCAGCCCGGGGAGAUGGCCACACAGCCGACAGCUCCUCCACCGGCGGCCAAAAAGAACAAAUACUAUGCGGAGAAGACCUGCGAGAUUUGCAAUCGAAAGUUUGUCAAUGGCAAGACGCUCUCCAAGCAUGUGAAAACUGUGCACAACAAAAUCAAGCCAUUUAUCUGCAAUGUUUGUGGCAAAAAGACGGCGCGAAAGGCUAGUUUGAUAAUCCACAUGCGUCAGCACACCGGCGAAAAACCUCUACAAUGCGGCGAGUGCAAGUUCUCCACUCGGGAUCCCAGUGUCCUGCACAAACAUCGGCAGCGCCACGAUAGUCAGGAGACCAGGAGCAGCCUAAAAUGCAGCCAAUGCGAGUACUUUUGCAUCCAGGCUAAUGCCCUAAAGCGCCAUAUGCGCCUUAAUCAUGCCGACGCAUAUCGAGAUCUAUGCUGCGAUCUCUGCAGCUUUACCUCUAUUAAUGCCGAACGUUUGCAAGCCCACAAGCAGGAUCAUCGAAAGGGCUUGAUUACGAAUUGUGAGGACUCCAUGGAUGCCACACGAGCUGCCGGGUUCAAGUAUCCACGCAAGUUGGGCGACAAGAAUGGCGAGAUAUCAGCAGACUGUUUUAUGCCGCUGGAGAGUGUGGAUUCGUUGCCCCAUGAGCCAGCUGUCGACACUGGUGGAGUAACCAUACCAGCCCCUCCAUCCGAGGACACUCAAUUCCCCACGUAUUUAAAGGACUAAACUUAUUAAAUUUAAGAUUGGGAUGUAAGUCAAAAUUUUUUUGUUAUUUCUCUUUGACUUCCCCUUUUAUUCAAUGGAUAUUUAGACACUUAUCAGUGCGUAUAUUUUUUAAUAUACCAAAGCCUGUACCUAUUUACAAUUUAAUUUGUUAAUUGUUGGCGUGUCCGUUGCGCUGUAAAAAGUUAUGUAUUAAAUAAUGUUCUCAUGCAGUUUGUUUUUGGGGAUUUAAAUGCUCGUUUAUUAAGUUGUUCAGUUUUUCCAUUUAAUUUUAAUAUCAUUUUAGAAUCUGAUAUGAUUUUUUUUCAACAUUCGAAUUAUUUAGUCAUGCUGGUUUACCGUGUUCAGUUUUAAUUAUCAGUUAUGUUUUAGUUUAAACUAAUUUAAAAUUUAAAAAUCUACUCUGCUGGCGAUAAUCAUCCGGUUUCAGUUCGGUUUCAAGAUCAGCGCUUUUAAUCUAGGUUACGACAGAAAUGUUUUCAAUUGUUUUUUUUUUUUAUUCGGGCAGUUUCGCUAAUAACUUGUUAAGUUUUUAAUAUUUAAUUUGAUUUCAAUUAGUUUAGUAGUUGAGCUUUACGUUUGGUUUAAUAUAAUUAUUUACGCUUGAAUGUAAUCAGCUGCAGGCAGCAGGUUCUAAAAUUAUGCACCUCCUCUCCUUUUGUUCGCUAUUAGUAAUUGAAAUAAGUUACCACCGAGUUGCAAAAGAAUAGAUUUUAACAUUUAUUGUCUGAGUUUGAUUCGAUAUCAAAACAUGUUCACUAUUUGAGAGUGCAAAUGAGGAGUACAGUUUAAUGACAAAUAAAACGCUCAAUGUAAAAUUGUUAA